UUGGGAUUGCAUCAAACAAGUAAUGGGUCAAGCUGAUAUGCCUAUCCCUUAAAAAAAAGCCGACUUUUUUUAAUGUAAUUAUCUAUGUUUUUUUUUUUGAGAAAACGUAAUUAUCUAUGCUGUAUAAAAAACAAAACAGCUCUACAAAUACAGGCAAAAACAGAGGGCAUCUGAAAGAAGCAAGUUGUCUCCUACUGUGUCUUUCCACACUCUUGUCUUUUGCAUACGUAUUCUCACACUCACCUAUGUACGGGCUAUUUUAUUGCCGUUAUAAGUUACAUAUACGUUCUCCCUAAAAGAAAGAGAAUACUAUUUUGAUUCAUGACAUCAUUGUACACUGAAUAUACAGCCCAUUCCAACGGAUCAUUUGUACACUGAACAAGAUACUCUUUAGCAUAUCUAUAUUUUUCAUGUAUAUUUAAUAACAUGCAAGCAUAUAUAUAUGUGUUAGUCUACUCUCAUAAAUCGUUACGGAGUGACAUAGUUACUAGUCAGGAAGGUCAACGUACGUAUUUAUGAGCAAUGGAUUUUAUAACACACUCACUUGAGUGGUUUCGUGGCUUCGUGGCACACUGAGAUGUUUUGGUUCCAUUUAUAACUGAACUAAUUUAGUUACAUUCGAAGACUCUUAGUGGCUAGAGUGUGAAGAAGGAAAUGAAAUUAUUAAACCAUCCUUUUAAUAUUUAGAGAGGCUUGAGCAGAAAUGUGGACUCGAUACCAAGGUGCCCUUAAGAAACUAAAUAUCUAUUUUUUUUUUACUAAAUAAAUAAGUAAUCUUAACUCACGAGUAAAUAGGUCCAAACGGUGCGUAACCCACAGGUAGGCUCGCGUACCAAAUUUACAAAAGAGACGAAAGCAAAGGACACAACGACAAUUGGAAGUAGUUUCCUCCGGCUAGCAGGAUUCGAACUUACAACCUGAAAGAAGGAGUCCACCUUUACCAUUCAACCAUGAUGUUCCAAAAAAAAAUAAAAAUAUGAGAGUAAAUAUCUAUUUCUCAUCAAAUUAUUAUCAGUUUACAAUACCUUCAAUCAACCGUGAUCAAACAUAUAUUUUAUAAUAUGUAUCGGAGUUUAUGGUUCAUUGGUGAUUAAUUUGAGGGCGAAGUCCAAUAUGGUAAAAUCAUACGGGUUCGAAUCCCGGCUAAAGAAUUAAAAUUUUAGUAUCACCAGAAAUAUGAUACUGACACAUAGAUGAAUAACGUAGACUGACGUGACGAUCCACUUCGGUGGAUGUCAGGAUAUCCCUAAUAAAAUAUAAAUACAGGAAGAGCACAGUUUCAUGUUAACUGUCAAAUCUAAUUAAAAGCAUAGAGUGUCCAGUAAAAAUUAUAGGAGAGUUGCGCGUAAAAAAUAAAAUCGAGUGGCUUAUCCAUUGUAAGCCAUGUUUCUCUAACGUAAUAAAUAUCGCACGGUUUCUUUUUUCUUCUUGAAUUUUUUUGCACUGUUUCUUCUCCACCUUCGGUUUGGAUCGUUCUUCUUAAUCAGUCCCGGCUUAAAACUAUAUUGGACCCUUGGACAAACUUUUUUAUGUAUUAUAAUUAGUUAAGUUAUAGACCCUUGUUGUAAAAAAUAAACAUAAAUAUAGACCUUUUAUCAUUAAAUUUAGUUAAUUUUAAUAUGGAUCCAUGAUAUAUGACAUGUUUACUACGUCCUAGAAUCGGCACUGUUCUUAAUUAGUACAUUUUUUCUUUUUUUUUUCGCGUUGGAUCUUUAUGCUUAUUAAAAAUAUAUUAUUCACUGAUAUAUGUACCAUAUCGAAAAUCUAACUAAAAAUGAUUGAUAAAUUUACCAAAUAUAUUGUAUUUUUAAAUUAAAUAUAAGCUAUAACAUUGUUUUCAGCGAUAGUUAAUUUGUAUUAUUGAAUUUAUUGAUCAGUUUUAAAAUGAUUUAUUAUUCAAUUUAUAAACAUCAGUUGAAAGAAAAAAUCAUAAUCAAAUCAUUUCCAUAAGUUGUGAUCAAUAUAUUCUGAUGUAAAAGAUAUAAUCAAGUUUUAAGUUACACAAAAAAAUUUUUUAUAAAAGAUACAAAUAUCUCAUGAUUUUCUCAAAGGUUAUAUUUUCUCUGUUUUAUUUUUAUUUUAAUGGUUAUAUACAAUAGAUAUACUUUUGAUAAAGAUGCUAUAAAGUUUUUACGCAGGACAUCUAUCUUCUGAUAUAGUACUAAAUUGAAUAUUUUAGUUUCUGAUAUAGUACUAAAUUAUUUUUUUAAGUUCAGUUAAUAUAUAACACUAUAUUUAUGUAGAUAAAUUUAGAUGUCGUAAGCUAUAGGCUAUAUGAAUGUAAGAGAAUAUUAUACCAUCAUCAUAAAAGUUUCAUUUUUUUUCUUAGUAAUAUUAUCAGGACUAUGAUGUCAACUGAUUUAUCAAUAUUUAAUUUUAUCAAGUUGACAAAAAUAUCAUAUUUAUGACUUUUUUUUUUGAAAAAAAUCAGUAUUAUGACUUACUUAUAAUGUAACUUAAAUUUAUUUUAAAAAAAAAACUUAAAUUCAUUUUAGGAAACUUAAAUUCAUUUUAAACCUUUUUAGGAAACUAUCUCUACAGAGAUUUUAGUCAUCUUCAAAACCAAGAAGUUUUGAAAUCUUAGUGCCAAAGAAAAACAUAUUGAUUUCUUUAGCGAAAGUGACAAAAAAAAUCUUUUUAGACGUUUCUGUUGCAUGACGCCAAAAUAGCCUGCUUCACGAAGGAAAUACAAACUAGUGAACUAGGUAAACGAUAUGGAAGUGAUUGGUGCUGAGAAAAAAUCUACAAAGUUUUUUUUUUGGUAAAAAAAAAUCUACAAAGUUAUUUAUAUCUACAAAUUUAUUUAAGAAAAAUUUAAAACUCCAAUACUUUUAUCAGGAUGCAAACAAUUUUUACUAAUGAAGCAGAAGAUUUCAAUUUUGCGACGUAGAUUCUUAGGAGACGUUAUUAAGAACUGAAUGGUAUUUUUACUAGACUAGAAACCAUUGUACGAACACAUGUCGGGAUAAUUUUUCAUAGAACCCGAUCACUAAGCUAUCCUAAUUAUUGCUUUUCAAAAACAAAGAAUAUUAGUUUAACAUUUAUUCUUUGAUGAUUUUAUACAGCCGAAAGAGGGAUAAUCAUAACCGAGGGCAUCCUCGAUUAAUUAUUUUCGGGUGGACGGUACAAUUAAUUUGUGUCUCCAUAUUUCUCACAAACAUUUCAUAACUUUUUUUAAACACUUUUCUAUGCAUUUCCUCCUUCAAUCUUGAGCUUAUAUCUCUCUUCUAUGCAAUCAACAAUCCAUACAUUUCAUAACUUCUUAUUUAAUUUUUCUCCUACUUCAAAAUAAUAAUUGAUGAGAGAUGUGUUGGAAAUCCAUUAGUUCAAUACUAUUGCACCCCCUUUAGAGUUUAAACUUAUCAUGUAGCGUGGUAUUCAUUUUAAUGUGUCACCACCUUAAUUAUCACUGAUAGGGGAAAACUUAAUCAAUUAUAUUUGUGGUAGUUAAGCCAUAUUUAUGUUAAGAAACCUUUGAUUUUGGGACAGACUUAGCCGACAUUAAAGUAUAAAAUCACUAAAGACUUGCAUCAACCGACUAUUAAAUUUCACAUGGAACUGGAUUCCGAUUGAGCAGAACCGGCCUAGCCCGUCUGACACAACUGCAUUCAAAUAACUAGAUUGAACGUAUUGUUUGCAAGUGCAAUUUUGUUUUUGUUUGUUAUAUAAGAUUUUGAGCAAAUUGGACAUUUUAAUAUAUUGAAAAUGAGAUUAGAUUAAUAAGAUAGAUAGACCAGAUUAAUAUGGAUAACCCAUAGAUAACUUUUUAAUGGUAUCAUUACCGUAAAUUUAUUACUUUUUCUGUUUCACAAAAAUACAUGUUUUAGAAAAAAAAUUAUUUGAAAAUAUACAUAUUUGUAUUUUCAAUAUAUAUCUUAUUAAAUAAUAAUAAUUAAUUGUAAACUUUAAAAAGAAUAAUUAAUUUUGUUAAAUUUUUAUGGUUUAAAAUUAUGGGAAAUAGAAAAUCACAGAAUAUGCACUUAUAACUAAAAUUUAAUAUGUAUGAAAAUUUUAAAAUAUGUAUUAUAAACAGAAUGAUUAUUUUUUUGUCUCAAAAAUAACAUGCAUAUAAUUAAUGAAUGGCAAAUCAAAACGGAUAAGGAGUACUGUAAACUUUUGUACACAUUCUAUGACUGUCCCUACUGGGCAAUGCUCAAAUAUGAUUUGCUAUAUCUUCCAUUGUAAAGCAAAUUCCAUAGUUUGUGUAUCUCCACUCCAGGUACGCGUGACAUUUAUAGUCUAAUAGUAUUUCACCUAUACGUUAUAACAAAACAUAGUAUAUGUUAAAAUAAUUAUAUCUUUACUUAUCAAAAAAAAAAUUAUAUUCUAACAAAGCCUCUAAAAAAGAUGAUAAACCACAUGUAACUUAAUAAACAAGGAAACAAUAUAUUAUUUAAGAAAUCCUCCUCCUAUAAAUUCAUGGGCGUACACUCUAGUCAACACCUCACAAAGUCAUAAACAUACAAAAACAUUUCUUCUCUUUUAUUACCCAAAAGCAACAGAAAAAAAAAAGAACCAACUAAACAAUUUCAAAUUUUUUGAAAGCAAUGGACCAAGGACAAACACCACAUAGCACAACCGGCCAAAGCCACUCACCUUCUUCCUCCGCUUCCGGUUCCACCUCAACCGAACCAGUUCGGUCACGAUGGUCACCUAAACCAGAACAAAUACUCAUACUUGAGUCGAUCUUUAACAGUGGUAUGGUUAACCCUCCAAAAGAAGAGACGGUAAGGAUACGAAAGAUGCUGGAGAAAUUCGGCAAGGUGGGAGAUGCAAAUGUCUUCUACUGGUUUCAAAACCGGCGGUCAAGAUCUCGCCGAAGGCAGCGGCAACUCCAGGCUGCAGCUGCAGCAGCGACCACAACCACUAAUACUUGUGACCAGACCAUGAUGGUGAGCAACAACUUGCCACAACAUAGUGGAAGUGAUUUGGGGUUUGGAGGUUGUAGCACUUCUAAUUACUUAUUUGCUAGCUCUUCUUCUUAUGGCGCUGGAUGUGAUAAUCAUAGCAAUAAUGGCAUGGAGAAUCUCUUAACAAUGUCUGGUGAAAUGGGUUACCAUGAAGCUAAUCAACAUCAUUAUAACUAUCAUAGCUCAAAUGUCGAAUCAAUUUUGUGCCCAUCUGAACAAAGCUCCAAUUAUCACUACCAACAAGGGUCUAUAAUGGUGUUUAUAAACGGAGUUCCAACAGAAGUGACGAGCGGAGGUAUUGAUAUGAAAGCAACGUUUGGAGAAGAUUUGGUUUUGGUGAAUUCCUCAGGUGUUCCUCUUCCUACUGAUCAGUUUGGGUUUUUGAUGCAUAGCUUACAACAUGGUGAAGCUUAUUUCCUGGUUCCAAGACCGACAUGAACUGGCUUUACUCUUGUGUUAUGUGGUGAUUCAACAGAUGCCUUGUUAUUCUACCUUAGUCUAUAUGGCUGCGGUCCAUCCAUUUUUUUUCCCUUUUUUUAUGAAUCUAUCGUGUAAUAAAAGUUUCUUCUGUUGUCUCUUAGUUUUGCAAUCUAAUUAAAUAAAUAAACAAAGUCAAAA